AUGGCGACUUUCUCGGAUCAGGCGUUUUGGGGCAGCACCACCUCAAGAUUUGAUUUCACGCUAAAGUUUGAGGAGUCCAUUUUCAGCUUGGCUCUCUCGGCGUGCUUGGUGCUUGCAUCAAUUUUCGCUGGCUUUCACUACUGCAAGGCACCCCUCUAUGUUCAGAAAACUGCGCUGCUCUGGACGAAGCUGUCAGUUGCCGCUCUUCUCAUUGCCACGGAGAUAGCUUUUCUGGCCAUUAGGAUCUCAUCAAAUCGCUCGCGCACAAACGUGACUCUCGCCGCCGCGGCGAUCGAGCUGUUAGCAGCAGUUUGCAUAGGCUGUAUUGUUCAUGCAAAUCAUCGACGGUCUAUCAGCUCCUCUGCGUGGCUCAGUCUCUAUCUUUUUGUCACUACUGUCACGGAUGCGACAAGAAGUCGUUCUUUAUUUAUUCGCCCCAGCCUCACGGCCCUUGGCGCCCUCGUUGCAGCUUCGAGCGCGCUCAAGUUCAGUUUGCUUGCCCUCCAAGAGAUAUCAAAACGGCGCAUACUGAUCAAUGAUGCCCUGCGGAAUGAUGUUGGGCCAGAAGCCACGUGUGGUCCGCUGCGGCGACUACUCUUGCUAUACCUCGGCCCAAUCUUUGAGAUCGGUUUUCGUGGGCCGCUUCUGAUGCUGCAUUUAAAUCGCCUCGACCCGGAACUCUCGUCCAAAGUUCUCCAUGAACAACUGUCAGCGCACUGGAAGCCUCGCCCGGAUAUCAGGCCAGCGAAGCGAAACGAGCUUGGGAAGGCCUGCUUCAAGACUUGGAGGGGCCGCCUAUUCGGGUUGGUCAUUACCCGGCUUACCGUCACCGGCUUCAAUUUUGCGCAGCCAUUCGUCAUCCGUUGCGUUAUUGAUCUGGUCGGGAAAAAAGACGUCGGGCCUAAUGAUACCCAAGAGCGCAGCGGGGCGAUCGCGGCCGCCGCCCUUGUUUACUUCGGAAUUGCGUUUUCUCGGACCGUGUUCACGCAUCAAAUGAAUCGCUUCAUUACCAGGCUACGAGGCGGUCUCAUUGCUUCCAUGCUUGACAAGGAACACAAACUACCGGAGGCCGAAGCGAAGAAUGCGACAGCAGCAACGCUGAUGAGUGCCGAUAUGGACGGUAUUGCUGCUGGAAUCCCGCAGAGCCUGGAGAUUCCCAUCGGCGCAAUUGAGCUUACCCUCGGAAUUUACCUCUUGUCCGACUAUAUUGGUAUAUCUGCCCUGGCUGUGCUCGGUCCGCUCUUUGUGACUACGAUUGUGGCUUAUCUCAUCGGCUACAUCAUGUCGCCGCGAUUGUUGAAUUGGAAUAAGAGCAUCGAACAGAGGAUCGCGCAAACUGCCAAAAUUCUUCCCCAGCUUACAGCUAUCAAAAUACUUGGCCUAGGUCCAACUGUCGGGACGUUCCUGCAACGGCUUCGGCUGUCAGAGAUUGAGGUUUCGAAGAGAUAUCGGCGCUUACAGGCCCUGUCCGUGGGACCUCUCGUGUUUGGCGACUUGAUGACACCUGUUAUUGUCAUUGCAUCUGCAUUUUUUGGAUCUGCCUUUCAUCACCGAAUAGCAGCGUCUAGAGUGUUUCCCAUGCUUGCAGUCGUUUCGCUGAUUGCAAGGCCUCUUUCUGCGGUUCUGCGAACGGUUUCUACCAUCUCGAGCACACUCGCGUGCUUCUCUCGCAUCCAGGACUUCCUAGUACUCAAUGAGAGGAAAGAUUCGCGGUCUCGGGUAGGCUCAAGAACACUUUCACAGGGCGGAGAUACAUCGACUCCAAACACUCAAUACAUGAUCAAAUUCAAUCGCGCCGAUAUCGCACCACUGGGAGAGACGAAGCCUAUGCUCCGCAACGUUGAUUUUGAGCUUGCCCCCGGUUCCAUAACGGGGGUGCUUGGUCCCACCGGCGCUGGUAAGUCGCUGAUUCUGCGCUCGUUACUGGGAGAGACGGAAGUCUUGGGGGGCUCAGUGGAGGUUGACUCCGCAGAUAUCGCGUAUUGUGGCCAAAAAGUGUGGUUGCGUAACACGUCAAUUCGGCAAAACGUGAUUGGCAAUCUACCAUACGACAGCGCCAAAUUUCGCCGAGUGAUUCGAGCUUGUUUUCUCGAAGAUGAUCUGGCGUGGCUGCCUGAAGGGGAGAAUUAUGUCGUCGGUAUCAAUGGCGCCAACUUGAGCGGCGGCCAACGCCAGCGUGUGGCCAUGGCCCGUACCGCAUACGCCGAAACUACGGUCGUCGUGUUAGACGACGUAUUCAGUUCGCUUGAUUCGGUCACGGCUAUCUGCAUUCUCCAUCAGCUGUGUGGUACAAAUGGUCUUUUCCGUCAGGCUGGAUCUACGGUCUUGAUAGCCACGUACUUGCCUCAGAGCAGAAUCGUGACCGACCAACUUCUCUUCCUAAAUGGACGAGGCAGAGCCGCUCUGAACACGCAGUUCCGGAACCCAGAAUACACAGACGGUCUUGUUGCAUCUCUUAUUCCAAUGAAUAGGAACAUCCCUGUUGUCGAAGAAAAUAAGGAACAGGAAACUAUUCGCAGAUCUCUGGAGGCAAACGGCCCCGCCUUGAUUCCCACCAACGCCGAUCUUCGGCAACAAGGUGGUUUUGGUCUAUACAAACUCUUUAUUAACCCCAUUGGGAAGAUAAAGUUUUUUUUGCACGCUCUGUUAGUUUCUCUUGGCUCUGCGCUUGAAAUCAUUCCUGGUGUUUACAUCCGGGUUUGGAUUCAAGUAGACCCUGAGAGCGACUUCUUUUUCAUCGGAUACGUGGGCGUCGCCAUAGCCGCAUGUCUCAAUGGGCUUUUGGAAAGUUGGAUACUCCACACAAAGCUCUCCCCACACUCAUCGGCCAGUCUUCACGAAAGGGUAGUGAGGACUACGACAGGCUGCACGCUUGCUUUCUAUUCUGCGACAAAGACCGGCAGUCUCUUGAACUUGUACAGCCAGGAUAUGGAUUUGAUUUCAAAAAACCUGCCUGUUUCAUACAUGAGGACGGUGUACGCCGGCUCGAAUGCGGUCAUCAACACCGGUAUCAUACUCUCCGGUGCCACCUAUCUAGCUGCUAUCCUACCGCUCAUGUUCAUUCUGCUCUUCUUCAUCCAACGCUACUACCUCCGCACGUCACGACAAGUGCGUCACCUCGACCUCGAUAUGAAGGCUCCUCUCUAUACUUUCUUCGAGGAGACCGCAGCUGGUCUGAUACAUAUUCGGGCAUUUGGUUGGGAAGAGCCAAACAUGGAGGAUGGGCUCACUGCGCUAGAAGAGUCGCAGAAGCCUUACUAUCUUCUUGCAGCGAUUCAAGUCUGGCUAUCGCUUGUUCUUGGCCUCCUUACCGCUGUGGUGGGAACUGUGCUUGUGGCAGUCACGGUCCUAAUAAGGGACAGCUCCUCACAAUCCGCUGUUGGCUUGUCCUUCAUGGGGCUUCUUUAUCUAAGCCAAGCACUUGAAAACACCAUCACUGCUUACACAGCGAUGGAGACGUCAUCCGGCGCUCUCGCGAGAAUCUCCAUGUUCGAGAGAGACACACCGCAAGAGCGUAAGCAAUCAGAAGUCCAACUACCGAGGAAUUGGCCUUCCUCGGGCAACAUCAGUCUUCGCAGCGUCUACGCAUAUUAUUCACGCACCCCUGACGCAAGAGCAGCCCUGCAAAAUCUGUCUCUGACUGUCGCGCCGGGUGAAAGAAUCGGUGUGGCUGGUCGCAGUGGCAGCGGCAAGACCUCACUACUUCUGUCGCUACUGGGUUUUCUCGAGCUCGAAGGUGAGAUUGAAAUAGAUGGAAUUAAUAUCUCAUCGAUCGCGCCAGACGAGUUGCGAGCUCGGUUCAUCACCAUCACACAAGACCAAGUACAGUUUGACACGACUGUUCGGAUAAACUUGCUACCAUUUUCUAUGAAUGAGGUCAAGAAGACGUCCACUCAGGAUGCAGAAAAGGCUGAAAAAAGAGAUCGCGACCUUGAACAACUACUCAAAAGCCUACAUAUAUGGGUUCCCACAGUUAGUAAGGGUGGACUUGAUGCCGUGCUGGACAGUGUCGGCUUUUCAAAAGGUCAACUACAACUACUCUGCAUAGCGCGAGCAAUCUUGCGUCAACGAGACACUGGCUACAGAAUCGUACUGGUAGAUGAGGCGACGAGUAGUAUCGAUGCUGAAACUGAGGUGGUGGUUCAUCGGGCAAUGCAGGACAAUUUUGGUGGCUGUACAGUUUUGACAAUUGCUCAUCGUCAGUCCAGCUUUGAUGGUGUCGAUCGCACUAUUCGCCUUCAUCGGGGUGCCCUGGCCCCCGCCAACAACGCCAGUUCUGACUCGGAGGACUCGGAUGGGUCGCAAGAGUCGACCUAA